AUGAACACUGACUACGACAAUAGUGGAGAUGAAAAAGAUUUCAGCGAUAAGAAUAACAAGGUAGAAAAUUACGAUGAUGAUGGAUAUCGAAAAGAACAAUGGCACAACUAUCCCAGGCAGUUGGAUCAUCUUCACAGGCAAGACACGCGCGAUGAAUCAAACGAGGCAGCAAUAGCUGAGCGCAGUGAAAUAGAACCAAUUGACAGACAGUUUGAUGAUUUUACCAGAAACGAAUUCAGAUUAAGAAGUGCAUAUGAUGAUCACAAUGUAUAUGAAAACGUUGUAGCCGCCACUGACCCCUUUUUAGUUCUUAGAGUACAGUUAACAUAUUUACGAGAUGAUGUGAACAGAAACGACUUCAAUCAAUAUCCUAAUUCAUUUUCAUCAAAAUCCGAAAAUGAUCCUAGAAGAAACAUGGAAGACAAUAAUUUGUUUUUGGAAGAUAUCGAAUCUACGGCCCAUUUAGUAAAGGUAAAGAGAGAGGACCCUACCAAAAUCGGAGAUAAUGAAAUUACUCAUGAAGGAUCAUUUAUCUCCGAAAUAGAAAAUUCGUCGGGCAGUAAGAAAGCAGUGAAAAAACGACUCUUUUCACUUUGGAGCCGCCUACAAAGUCUAUCACACAGAGGCCAUGAGCUUCACCAUCGACGACAUAUGCACGCAUUCUACAGCUCACCUGAUAAUAUCAAAGGAAAUGGAAUCGUAACAGCUCAAACCAGGGCCACUUUCGUCCGACCACCGGGCUCUCCUUUACGAUGGGGU